UUCCAAUAACGUUAAUGCACCCUAUAAGCCAUAAAAGCCAGCAAUUUUUGACAGAUUCUCGUACUUGCACUUUUUCCAACCCCAACAAUGAAGCCUAUGUUUACUGUACUGUUACUUUUCUCCUGCUACAUUAAACAGGUCUAUACCGACGUUGAUGAUAUAAUCAUUGACUACCGAACGGGUUAUGUCGAUGGUGUUCCCCUACCAGGAGACCUAGCAAGUCUUGUAUUUACUACCGAUGUCGGCAGGUCAAUAGCUCAGAUCCUGCAGCUUAACAUCAGCGCUCAAGGCAGUUCUAUAGAUACGGUCGACCCGAAAGAUACAAUGCAUCCCUGUCAAGAAUGGGCUCAGAUAUCCAUUAUGCUCACCGGCUUAUUCAAGAGCAAUUCUAGUGGAGAAUGCAAUGAUUAUGCCCGAGCUACUGUUCGAGCAGGUUUUCAUGAUGCCGGAGCAUGGUCGUCAACCUUGGCCGCUGCAGGGCAGGAUUAUGGUGGAGCCGAUGGUUCCAUAUAUCUGUUUGGCGAAACCAGUCGCCCUUCAAACAGAGGGCUAGAAGCUGUUGUUAAUACUCUUGGCCAAUUGGCGAAAAAAUCCCAGGUUCGAGUCGCUGAUAUGAUUCAGUUUGCAGCGGCUCAUGCAGUCGUAACCUGCCCGUUAGGACCGCGGAUGAGAACAUUCAUUGGUCGGAAAGAAGCAACCCAAGCCGCGCCUGAUGGACUUCUUCCGAGUGCUACAUCUGAUGCUGAGACGCUGUUGGCACUCUUUUUUGAUAAGAACAUUGGGCCAAUCGACCUCAUUGCGUUGGUCGGCGCCCACAGUGUGAGCAGGCAAUUCUCAUUCAACACCACGCGGGCAGGAGAAUCUCAGGAUUCAGCCCCAGGUGUAUGGGACACCAAUUUUUAUGAGGACACGAUUCGAUCGGAUUUCAAUGCAGGUUCAGGAAUCUUGACCUUUCCAUUUGAUAAAGCUCUAAGCUUGUAUGGACCGCUCCAGGCUGAAUGGAAUGGAUAUGCGGUUCGUCAGGAGGAUUGGAUAGAGCACUUCUCGAGGGCGUACCUGCGGCUCAGCCUAGCUGGAGUCAAUCAGAUCCAGGACAUGAUAGAGUGCACAGAUGCGCUGCCCUUGCCUGUUACCUCUUUCCCGUAG